CACUGACAGCUAACGGGCCAGUAAACAGCAGGCCAGUGCGGCCAGUGGCCCAGUACUUGUUAUGGCGACCAGCAGCUCGGAUGAAAGCACGACGACGAAAGAGUUUCAAUUGGCAUUGUCGUUAGACAGUGCCAGUCGCCUCAGCCCGGUGCGCCGGCGGUGCGGCAUGUGCGGCAAGCCGAAGAAAGUUUUCUAUUGCCCCGAGUGCGUCAACAACGAGCACUUUUAUUCGCCAACGAUAGACAGUUUUUCUAGUUCACAACAAGCUUUGUUGGAACGUAAGCGACUAACAAAACUCUUGGAAGAAGAAUGCACUCCAUUGAUGAGAGAGAAACAAAAGGCUGAUCAUUUGAAAUUUCAAAUCCACGUGCGCAAAGAACGUGUAAACAAUGUCAAGUUGGCGCUGGAGGCGAAGCGCAAGGAACAAAUUAGCAAUAAGGAGCGCCUGGAGGGUUUACGCAAAAAGAAUGCGAAAAUGACGCAACAACUACCCGGCUACGGCAAACAUGUCGAAAAGCUGGAGACAUACAACCUCAAGAGGCGUGAAGAAGUGCUGCAGAAGCAGCAAGAAGUGCUCGAUAAGCAGACGACGCUCAAGCGACGCGUCAAACUGCGCAUCCAGCAACUGGUCGAGUAUAUUUUUCCUAUUGAACGGAUUCAACCUAGACCGGUGAAUACCAGUUUGGACUCGGAUUGGGGAUCGGAUAUUUUACUGCAGAUUGCUGAGGCGGCACAGACAACGUAUAUCAGCGAUCAGUGGGUGUACGCCACUGACGCCUCCAGCGAGCUGCAAUAUUCUAUUGUGGCGCCCACACUUCCUGGUUCUGGUGAUUAUUCGUCGUAUAACCUUUGGGCUGCUCAAAAUCGUGACAAUGUACCAGCGAGUGGCACCAGCUCGUUAGCGGUGGAGCAAAAUCCGGCGUAUAGCAUCAGCGCUGCGCUCACAUACACCGCACAACUGGUGAAUGUGAUUGCAUUCUACCUAGACAUUCGAUUGCCCUAUAAAAUGGUGUACAAGGACUUCUGCACGGACGAUAUGACCAAGCAGCAAUUAGCGCGACGCGUUGCCCGACUCAACGCCAACGUUCUGCAUCUAUGCUUUUCGCAGAACGUCGAUCUCAACGUGUUGCAGCCGACGCAGACGCUCUUCAAUAUUAUGAAGAUGGUCGAAGCCGAAACCGGGGAUCUUGGAAGGAAUGGUCCAAUGGAAGUUGACGCUCAGUUGGCUUCUGAUUUGGAGAACCAGUUGGGGCAGGACCUUCAAACUGGCAAAGACUCCGAUUCCGAAGACGGCGACGUUUUUCCUAAUGAAUGGGAAGCGGUCCCACAUGUACCGCAUGUGCCCGAGGUGCAGGCCGGGCCGAUAAAUCUCCAAUCGACGCAGGUGUUGCCGCAGGCUCAAGCAAACAGCAUGGCCGGGCUAUACCAUAGUGUCAUCUCAAUAUGGCGUGGUGUCACCAGUGGCAGGUAGUGUUCGCGCAUGCGACACGCUUUGUAUGAUGAAUCGCACUUUUUUAUAUAAAUCAUACCAAGACAUAUAUAUGAUAUAUAUGAAUUCAUAUAUAUGAAUUCAUGAAUAUAUGAAAGUCAUAUAAGAGUAAUGCACAAAGAAAUUAAUCCGUAAAACGCUUGCAUAGAAUCAUGUGCGUUUGAUUUUUUGGCGUGCGAUAUAUUUAUUUAAAUUUUAUUAAAUGUUCUCUUUUUUAAGAUUAUUACUAUUAUAUACAUAUUAUACGAGAUGAGGAAUAUUAAUGUAAGCGAGCGAUGGAGGAGAGCGUUGGUCGCGCCACGUAUUUAUAACUUAAGCUGCGCAGGUUCGGCGACCGUGAUACAUAGCGUAAUUUUAAUCGAUUUGUUAGGAUACGUUAAUUAUUUUCUCUAGCCGCGAACGAUGUCUCUUCUGUUGGCUACUUAGGAAUCAUAUUUUCAUUGUGAUAUAUUGAAUUAUUACAUUUAAGGAAGUUAAAUUAAUACUUGGACUUGUAACGGAACAAGAUAUAUUUUAAAUAAAUCAACAAUUAACAAUUUCCACAGGAUA